CGCUCCGUGAAUAGAGAUGUCAGUGAAUUCGCCCUCCUGCUACUGGACAACGGUGGCAUUGGCCGUGCAGCAAGCAGUGUUCUUGUUUCUGCUUUUCAAGUCGGGCUCCUGCGAGGAUUCUGCAGAUAAUCAGUUUUACAGCAAACUCUCUGCAAAAGAAAAACAACACUACUUCGGCAACACAGAAACUGUCCCUUCGUAUGAGAUAGUCGAUGUUAGAUACGGGCGCCACAAGAGAGAAACGGGUUCGAGUCAGGAUGACAAUGAGCUUGACUACUGGUUCAAAGCAUUUAAUGAACCUUUCCAUUUGAGAUUGAAGAGGAAUGAUCACCUUAUAGCUCCAGGAUGUUUAGUCCAUCACUUGAGUGCGAAUGGUACGAGGCUAGUUGAGCCAUGUUUAGGCAAUGGCAACACCCUCCGGCAUUGCUUUUACCUCGGGGAAUCUCUGCAAAAUCGCACUGUCAAUGCUGCUCUGUCAACGUGCAAUGGCUUGAAAGGAGUCAUCACAACGGACACACAGAUGAUCUACAUCCAUCCUCUCCUCAACAAGCAUGCUGGGAGAUUCAAACGGGAUGCAAGACUGAGAGCACCACAUAUCGUCAUCAAAAGCAAACAAGAUGGCGGCUGUCAAGUGAAACGAGACUUGACGAGAAUAUUCAGGAAUGUACAUCGUCCGUUUGAUCCAAAGAUGGCCCGGUACAUGGAACUUAUGGUGGUGGCCGAUCAUCAUAUGUUCCACACACAUCGAUCCGAAAUACAGUUAUAUGUGCACACGGUGAUAAACGCAGUGGCAGGGACCUUCGUUGAUCAAAGCUUUGGCGCCAAGCUCUAUCUGAGUAUAGUGAAACUGGUCGUAUUCGAGGAGGAGGUAAAAGGACUCACUGUCGUAGUGGAUGCGACAGAGACUCUCAGAGGGUUCUGUGCUUGGCAGGAGGAGAUAUACGGAGCUGGAGCAAAGUCAGAAAGACUGCAGUAUGAUGCAGCUAUCCUCUUAACUAGAUCAGAUCUGAUAUACGAUGGUCUAAAGAAAACCUCAGGGAUUGCCUUCAAGAGUGGUAUGUGCGUCCAGUAUAAGCGAUGUGUCCUAGCAAGGGACAGAGGCCUGCAAGUGGCCCUGACUGUAGCGCAUGAACUCGGACACACAUUAGGGAUGGAUCAUGAUGGAGACGGGAACAACUGCAAAGCCGAGACGUAUAUGAUGGCUUACAAUGGCGGGAUAGGUCCCUCUGCCUUGCUCUGGUCUGAGUGUAGCGUCGAGGCCUACAGGGAAUUCAUUAGAGCGACAGGGUCUAACUGUCUUGCUGAUACUCCACACCCCGACGCCUGGCGCCCACCAGAAGACAAGCCAGGGUCAUUCUACAACAUGAACGAACAGUGUGGUUUCUACCAGGGCCCGUCGUCGAAAUGGUGCAACAGCACUGAGAUAACACUGGGGGAUCCCUGUCGUCGACUAGUCUGCUACGACCCGGGCAACAUGGCAAUGUGCAUAGCUUCGAGGUCCCCCAUGCUUGAAGGAACCGAGUGUGGUACUGGGAAGUGGUGUACUGGGGGUGGUUGCACUGAGUAUGGUGAAGAUGGGCCGUCAGCCAUCAAUGGAAGUUGGUCCUCUUGGUCUUCAUUUUGGUCCCCGUGCAGCCGGACAUGUGGUGGAGGGGUCAAAAUCAAGCAAAGAUACUGUAAUAAUCCAAAGCCUCUUUACGGCGGUACCAAGUGUAAAGGAGUGGACCUAAUGGCCGACAUCUGUAACAUCCAGCCUUGUGAGACAUCCCAAGAUGAAUAUCAGGAGGAGCAAUGUGCUGACACCAACAAAGAACCUCUCAAUGGAGUCUACUAUGACUGGAUCCCUGACAAAAAGAGAGACAUUAGCCAGCAGUGUCAGAUGUAUUGCAAAGGGCGUGAGCAAAGAACUGUGCACAUGAGGCGAGCCAAAUACACGGAUGGGACAAGUUGUGAGGGGAACAUCGUGGAUUAUUUAUACCGGUGCGUGGCUGGAAAAUGUGAGGAGUUCGGUUGUGACGGUGUACUCAACUCCGGCAAGAAGUAUGAUAAUUGCGGCGUUUGCCAGGGGUAUGAUGAUACUUGCAUCGGGGUGGAAGGGGCUUGGAAUGCGGGGAUUCCCCAUGAAUAUUUAGAUUUUCUGACAAUUCAAAAUGGCAGCACUGGAAUCACCAUCAAGAAUGAAAACAUGUUCACUCAUAUGGCUCUCAAGGUCAAUGGCACAUAUCUGAUCAACGGAAAGGGAGGUAAGGCCAGCAAUGGUGGUCUGUACGAGUCGGAAGGUGUGCUAGCCUCGUAUGAUGCUGGUACUCCGGAGAUAAUCAAAAUUGCGAGAGCUGUACCCAUCAACCUAGAAGCUUUGGUAUGGAGAUCGUAUGGUGAUGAAUAUGAUGGUGUUGACCCAGAAAUAACAUACAAGUAUCAUAUCCAGGACUCUGAUGUCCAAAGCAGUCGCUACGUAUGGGAUCUCCUGUGGUCCAAGUGUAGCAAGUCAUGUGGCAGGGGGAAGACGGUCAGCAUCUCUAUCUGUCUGGACAUCACUGGUAAUCAAACUGCUAUGAGAGCUGAUGACUCCUUCUGCGACUUUACGGAGAAACCAAAUGAAAGGAGCAAAGCUUGCAACACCCAGCCAUGUCCACCGAGAUGGGAAUCAUUGCGACAAACCUUUUGUUCCAAGACGUGUGGUGGUGGCACGAGGCAGAUGCUCUUCAGCUGUGUGAUCUCCACCAGCACCUCCAUAGAGAUCCUGAAUGAUACCUCAUGUAGCCACCUUGUCCGACCACCGGAUGUGGUCGAGUGUAACACGUUUGAAUGUCCCGGUGUGUGGAAGUCUGGGAACUGGUCGGAGUGCUCAAAGAGCUGUGGCUUAGGCAACAUUACAAGAGAGGUAUCAUGCCUUCGUGAUGAAGAUACAGCUGAAGAGGUCUCAGAAUCAGAGUGCAGCUCCUGGUUUAAGCCACCUGAACUCGCUCCCUGCUUUGAAAAACCGUGUACGGUGGGAAAGUGCACCAACAGGGCUAUGGGUUGCAGCAAGUAUGGCUGGGAUGUUUGUCACAAGUAUAAAGAAUGGGCUGAACUCUACUGUUCGCUCUAUUGUGGAUUUUGCGACGAAGAUGAAGUUGAUGAAGCAUGCAUGGACCAAUCACCGUCCACCUGCGAGUCAUUUGACCAGGCCACUUGUGAGUCUUUCCCCGAGUACUCCAUCGUGUAUUGCCGGCACCACUGUAACAUGUGCAACAACUCCGUGGAUGACUUCGCAAACAAAACAAAAGAGGACGGGAAGGACAUUUCCCAGGUUAACUGCAAGGAUGGUGGGCAAUGUGGUGGAUUGGAUGAACAGACCUGCUCGGCAAACAAGACCUGGGCGAUUAAGGAAUGUCCACUCACGUGUGACCUAUGCUGGGAGAAUGCAGUGCUGCAGAUAAUGGAAGCAGAGGACUGUCAAGAUGAGGUGAACUGUGAUGAGUAUGCCCCAGGCAUGUGUAUCGAGUACGAGACCUGGGCAAAGAAGAACUGCAAGAGACACUGUGGCUUCUGCAAAAACCAAGUCAUCAUUGUGACGACGACCACAACGCCUUGCCACGACAAUGUAGAUUGCAGUGCAUACCAUGAAAACGUCUGCGUCGAGUUCGAGUUAUGGGCUUCAAAGAACUGCCGAAUGUUCUGUGGCUUCUGUGAGCCUGACGUCUCCGUAACGACACACGCUCCAUGCACAGACAAGGUCAACUGCUCGAUAUAUGAAGAGGAUGUCUGCACCGAGUAUAUCGAUUGGUCGAAAAGGAAUUGUGAGAAAUAUUGCAAGAUGUGCAAUAAAGCGGAGACAAAUAAUGGCGUGCUGCCAACCACACCCACAACUGCUAAACCAUGUUCAGACAAAGUUGAUUGUACUUUGUACGAAACAACUGUCUGUGAUGACUACAGACCGUGGGCUCAAGACAAUUGUGGACAUUUCUGUGGAUUUUGCAAAUCUGUGUCGGGAUGUUUUGAUACCGUUGACUGCACAUCAUACGAUGCAAACGUCUGCACAGAUUAUGCAGACUGGGCAGGCGUGAACUGCCGGAAGUCAUGUGGCUUAUGCACAGAUGUCACAACGCCUACUCUUCAAGACGAAUGCAAAGAUAGUCUCGACACGUGCGGCAAAUACAAUAAACGUGUUUGCAAAGAUCACCCACAAUGGGCAGAGGAUAAAUGCAAGAGAUAUUGUGGGUUGUGCGGGAAUUCAACUGAUGUGGCACAAACGUCCGGUCCUUGUAAAGAUGUUGAGAUAUGCGAUGCAUACAAACAGUCAGACUGCAAAGAUUAUGAGGAAUGGGGUCAACUGAACUGCAGGAAGUUUUGUGGUUUUUGUAUAGAGCCUACGCGGAAGAAAGAAGUCUGUGAAGACCUUCUAGACUGCCCGAGAUAUAACAUCGACAUUUGCCAUUCUGAAACCUAUGCAAUCUGGGCGACACACAACUGUAAGCGCUACUGCAAAGUAUGCAAAGUUGACAUCGAGCAACCUCGAUGUGAUGACAUCUAUUUCGAAUCCAGGGGAAAUUUCUCGAUCAUAUGGGGUCAGUGCACCAAGACGAUCAGCGCGAGGAUAGGAGAACUCGUAGUUCUCAAACUGCCACCCGUCUACGUGGAUUGUGACGCAGGCGAGUUCCUGCGUCUAAGAGACACCAAGGUCAUCCGCCAGUUCUGUGGCAAUGUCACUGAUCUUCCGAUUCAAGUCCAGGCCUACGAGGUCGACAUAGAGAUGCUGUUGAGGCGACGCCCUGAACCUGCUGUUGUUGAAUGGAGUGUGACGACAAAAGGCCAACACGAAGAUAUUGGUUGCAGGAGUAAAUCCAUGGAUGCUCUCCAGGGUCACGUGACCAGCCCAAGAUAUCCGAACCGAUACCAGUCGAACACUAACUGUACGACGUUUAUUACCGUCCAUCCCGAUAAGAAGGUGUCCUUGACCUUCUGGCACUUCGAUGUAGAGUUGCACAGCAGGUGUAAAUGUGACUACCUAAUAAUUACGGACCUCUGGAGCCAGCGGACCACUGAUAAGCUGUGCGGGAAAAAGGAGAAAUUCACCUGGGUUUCCGACAGCUCUCACAUUCACCUUCAGUUUGUUAGUGAUGACAGUGACAACUGGUUGGGUUAUUCGGCCUCUUACGCUGCUGUAGAUUGA